AUGAGCAAUCUAAUUACAAAUACUCCAAUAAUUAGCUCAUAUCCACCUUACAAGGGAAGCCCAAAACUGUCCGGCACGUGCCGCAUAAAUCUCCUGGAUUUUAUAACCCAAAUGUUGGCAGGUAUGCUUUGGACCCCGGGCUGUUGCUUAACGAACAUCAUGCUUUCUCUUCCAGUUGUUGUCCUGCUGCACCACCUCUUGUUUGCAGUUUUGGUUCAAUCAGCUCCUCUCAGCUCAUCAUCUGACCUGCCGCCAUCGUUUAGAGAAGCAGCCGAGCGAGUAAAGACACUGGUGGAGAAAAUCAUGAAUGACAUACCAGCUGUGCACUCAAAUACUGUUGACACAGAGGUAUCUAAGUGAUCUGAUCAAGCUCAACUCUGAUUGGCUGUUCCUUUGUUUCCUUUGAAGUCUCUAAUAUCUUUUUGUUCUCCUCAGGGUUUGACUCUUGACCCCUCCACCCAGACGAAUUUGCAGAGGAUGGUGACUUCACUGGGAAUACCUGCUGCACCUGUUAUCAAACCACCAUCUGAGCGCUUCUCACUGGUUAGUCUGCAGUCUAUUGGCAUUCACAGGGUUGUGUAGUGGUUUGUUACAGUUCUUUUGUGGUUCUUGGAGCACCAGAUCCUCUGGUGGAUCUUUUGAAUUCUUUUGAACUUUGGAUGAAGAACCAUUUCCUCACCCUCCUGAGUCACAGUUGUCUCUUGACAUAAUUUCUUGGUAACCACUGGGUCCUUGCCUGGAUCAAGAUAUUUUAGAGGAUUUUUAAAUGGCCCUGGAUGUUCAUAGUGGUUUAUGUAUCCCCUUAAAUAUCUCAAAGGGAUAUUCCGGCGUAAAAUUAAUUUAGGGUCAAACACACCGUUUCACCAAGUUAGACACCGAAUGAGAUGAAUGUUGCUGACCACUUGAUUCUCUAGUUAUACCAACUUUAGUAACGACCGCAUGGAGUUUUGGUAUGAGAUCUCACCCUGAAUUUAUUUCCUGUCAGUAAUCAGUUUUGUGUUGCCCCCUGCAGGACAUGUGUGUUAGCCGCAUGUUAUUGGGAAGCCAGCUGUUCCAUGGACUACUGGGAGUUCUGUCCCCCAGACUGAAUGGACUGAGUGGCCUGCAACACGACCUCGAAGACCUGCAGACACACAUCAACAAGGUACCUCACCCACCUGACGUGACAUCACUGAACCUACCACUGUGCCAAACAUUGACUGGCGACUGACUUUGUCUGUUUGGGUUUAUGUUUUAGAUGAAGGACGUGGCCCAGCUCAGCAGCAAUGGCGAGGAGGAUCAGAAUUACAAUCUGGACCUGUCCCGUAAUGGCAGGUAUGACGUCCAGGUGGCGGUACACCUGACGCUGACGCAGCUUCGCUCCUUCUGUCAUGACAUGAUACGCACCCUGAGAGCCAUCACCUCCCAAAGGUUGAAAGCACACUAA